AUGGCGCAGAGUCUGAGGGAGCAGAGGCAGAGGGGCAGCGCCAGUGUCGGGGAGUCGAAUAUAGGUCUUGAUGACGAGGGCGAUGAGGAUUUCGAGCGGGUAAUCAGAACCCCCGAAAACAUGGCGGCGAAGGCGGCAGCCGUGGUUGGUGGGUCACCAGGAGUCCAGCAACCCUCUCCGCAUGAUCUAGCACAUCUCGAGGGUACCACGCAGAAUGAGUUCGAGGCGCGACAGCAGAAGGGACAGCGGGAGGAGAAGACGACACAAGAGAGGACGGAAGAGCAGAUUGUGAUGGAGUAUGUCAAGAAGCAAAGCCUUCUGGAAAUGCAGCAUCAGAAUAAAGCCAAGGGCCGUGCUACAGCGACAGGGACCGCGACAGAGGAUAAGGACGAUCGAUGA